AUGUCGAUGCUCACGCCUUCGCUAUCGGAGACGCCCGAGACGCCUUCUGAGGCUGAGACGCCUGAGUCGCCUUCUGAGAGGUCAUCUGGGUCGGCCGCCGCCGCAACUCCGGUCAACAAUGCCGCUGAAAUAGCAUAUCUUGAUGCCGUGAUCGACGAUAGUUUGAUUCCGUUGUUCUCCAGCAGCAGUUUCUCAGAGGAUGACGACGGCGCUGAGGAUGGUGAUGAUGAGGAUGGAGCCGGCGAAGCUGGUCAAAGCAGCGCUCCCCAGCCCAUAUCUGCUGCAAAGAAGAAGAAUAAAAGGAGGGGAACUGCGGCCCGAGGCCCAACAGCGCUGCCCAGAAACCGGGGCAAUGGAUUUGAAGAGUAUUAUGCGGAUCCGCCUAUGACUCCCGCAGAAGCUCUGGAGGAGAAACAAGAGAUUUAUCAUCCAGACAUUCCUUUUGAAAAGCGAAUGCAGUCGUGUAUCCAGCGUUAUCGCUCUCGUCGUCGUCUCCAGCACAACAAAAUUCUCUUCUUUGACGAGUACCUUUUCCUUGGCGGCGUAGAUACAUCCCCGGGAGCAUACAAUGGGCUCGAUCCAAAGGAGCUCAAGCUGCUCACGGCCGCACAGCGUAAAGAAGCUACAACCAGGCAUGUAAUCCACGAAGGCUCUUCAGCAGGCGAACGAUUCUAUGACGGAGACGCAACGAAAUGGGUCGUGGACUUCUCAAGCGUGGUAGCAGGCUUCUUCUCUACGACUAUCAUACCCUUGACUGGCCUUCAAAGCGGCCCGCUGGAGGAGGCAAUAGACGUGGUGGAAAACUUCCUCCGCUACAUCCUUCAUCACGAUGUCUGCCCCGAGUAUGAGGAGGAUGUGAAGGGAGCAAUGAAGAUCUGCCAAGCAGCCAGAGAAGAAUGGCCAAUGUUAAACGCUCUGCAGACGGCGCUUCCGGGGCUCAUCAACCUGGCUGCUACUGAACUCUUCUCCACGCCCGAUACCGGCGCCUGGGCUUUUCACCUAUUCAAGGUGCAUCCUGGAUUUGAACCAAAGUCGGUUUUCUAUUCAUGCAUCGCCAUGCUUGAAGAUACGGCGCCAUUUGAGUAUCUCUCUGACCACCGUGCUACGCUUCGCGAACAAUACGAGUGCACAGCAGAGGUAGUAAGAGUAACUCCUCCCAGUGAAGGAACCAUUGACCGGUUCAAUUGCCUCCGAAUUAUGACCGAAGAGGGUACACCAAAUCUCCCUCUCGCGCCUAUUGGCACAAUUACACUCAGGCAAGCUGUUAUCGAAGACGGAUGGGUCCAUCCAGACACGCCGCAUCCUCUGGCAACAAGGAAUAUUGAGCUGUAUUUUGAGCAAAACAUUCUGGAAAACCUCAGGCCAGGCAUGAAGAUGACACUGGAGAUUGGUGAGAUUGGAGGUGGAAUCAAUUUUGUCAGGAGUAUUCGCAACAUCGUCCCAUCCUUCUACACGUUUCUGCCCCAGGAACUGAUGAGAGGCUUCAAGCCCCCGCGCGAGAAUGAUCGUCCUGCGCCAUCUAUUCGCGAUCCUUCCAUAGAGGACAACCAGGCAGUUGAAGAUUAG